AGACCUUCCUUCUUCUCUCCUUGACUCAAACACAUUCUGAUACAUUCAACAUACACCUAUGGACAUAUUCAUGUAAACAGGGUUUUGGCUAAAUGAGCCGUUUUAACUUUUUUUUUUAUUCUUGUGAAGCCCUUUGAAAUUUCAAAUUUUUAUUUAUUGUAUUAACAGAAUAGAAUCAAGAGAGCAGCGGCACUAGAAACUGCAUGUCUUCUUGUGCCUCUCAUGUAGCUCCUCCCACCUACAGCAGAUUUACUUUUCACUUGCUAAGGAGAUACUGAGAAAGAUCCAGUCUCGGGAGUUGCUAAAGUCAAAUUAAAGAGGAGCAAUCCGGGAGAGUCCACCAAGUGUCAACAUGAUCGACUUGAGUUUUUUGACACAGGAAGAGUCUGAGAAGAUUAUGGCUGUGCUGAAAAGAGAUGCUGAGCUGAAAAAGGCUGAGGAGAAACGAAUACAGAACCUACAGAGGACUGUUGCUGAUAAAAGCCAGCUGAAAUGUCUGACUGGAGAAUGGUUCUAUGAGUCUAAGCAGCUUCGGCAUCAGGAGUGCAUCCAUGGCUCCGAUAUCAUCAGGGCUUCCAUUAGACGCAAGUCUAUACCACUGACCAAAGUGGAAGCCUCUCACACACUGACUAAAAAGUCCACUUUUGGAACCAAUGAAAGGAAGGGAGCUUCUGAACCAUCCUCACCCUGUAGACUCAGGGAAGAACCCAACAUUGCAGGGUAAGUGAAUGCUUUCAUCAAA